GGUAAUUGUUUAAGGACCAAUCAGGCGCUAGGACUAAUAUCCAGGACUGUUGGACAGAGGAGGCUGGGAAUGAGCAGCAGCAGGCUGAUAGGGCAGAAGGUGUCAGGAACAGGGGCAGGAUAAACUUUCCUCACUCUCGAACUUGGAGUCCCCUGGCUUAGCGAAAUUGCCAGCAGCAGGCACCUCUCACCCACACGAUGUGCCAGCCCACGGACAGCUAAUUGCUACAGCAAGGCACCCCGGAGCUAACCUCUAUUAUCAUCCUUCACUGAGUGCCAGUCAGCGGCCAGGACUAGGGUUACUAACCUCCUCCCCGGGGCAGUCAGACGGCUGGAAGCUUCUCAGCGAUGCAGAAAGCGAUGGAGAACUCCCAGAAGUUCCGAAUUGAUGCCCUUCUGGCUGAAGAGCGACCCCGCCUGUUCCAUCACCUGCCCCCACAAUCCGCAGCAGUCUCACAGCUCUACGCCAAGACGAGUUUCCUGCCCCUGCAUGCCCUGUACCCGGCGCCCCUCUACCACCUGCCCACCCUGGGCACUGCGCACCCCAAUCACUUCCCGUAUAGCGGCUUCUCGGGAGUCCCUGUCCCAGAGCACAUUAAGGCAGCAUCAUUGCCCCUGGAACACUGGCUGAGGGCUGGGAUGCUCCUGCACCGGGGAGCUGACAUGCACCCCUCCGCUCAGCCUGGACUGCUGGGGAAGUGCAGGCGUCCUCGUACAGCUUUCACCAGCCAACAGCUGCUUGAAUUGGAAAACCAGUUUAAACUCAAUAAGUAUCUAUCACGACCAAAGCGUUUCGAGGUGGCCACUUCGCUUAUGCUGACUGAGACACAGGUAAAGAUCUGGUUUCAGAACCGCAGGAUGAAGUGGAAGAGAAGUCGGAAAGUAAAAGAACAGGGACCAUCAAGCCAAGGGGAUAGACAUAGAUCAGUGGGGAAAACACCAUCCAAAGAUGCUCAAGAUGAAGAGGAUGAGGAAGAAGAGGACGAGGAAGAGGAUACGCAGUUCCAAAGUGUGGACAGAAGCGCAGACAUCCUACGACAUACUGGCCAGCUGAGUUACAGUCCAGAAUCCUUUUGCUCGGAAGAAGAGAGUACCACAAUGCCGUCUCCUUAAGACAUAGACACAUGAACUGUGGGUGACAGAAAGCCCAACCUCCAGUUUAUUUAUUUAUGACGGACAAUAAUAUUCCACAAAAUGUAGAGGCUGGAUAUAUUUAAUUUAUAAGUAUUUAAUUAUCUGAAGGGGUUGUCUGGGUGGGAGUUGACAAAGUUUGGGAUGUAUAUCAGGGAUACGUAAGUUGGCUUCAUUAGCAUGGACAGCUCAUGUGUGUGCGGCUUAAAUAUGCUUAGGACUAAAAGAGAACCAUUUUCUGUUCUAUCACUGUGUCCAGACAGUGUCAUCAUCCCUAACAAGACAGGUCAAUGCUGCAGAACUGAAAGUCCCCGCGAGGAUUCAUUGCACAUGCACAAGUUCCAAUGCUGCUCAGAAGAACAGAAUGGGGUCCUCUGCAGAAUGGAUCAGGAUUACUGGUCUGACCUUCUGUCCCUUACUUUGCUAUGGAGCUUGUCUUUAAAGUAUAAUGUCAGGCCUUGCCUGUAGAUUGUGGAAAACAUUGAACUAGGCAUUAUGCCUGCUGUGCACUCUUUUUUAUGUUGAACUUGAAAAUAAAAAUAAAAUAAAAAAAUUGGGUACUAUUGGCCGAUUUAGGGAUUCUACAGCUGUAUUUAACUCAAUAGAGUUUUGAUUGAGGUCUCUGUUCUAGAACUGGAAAAGGUAGAUUGCAUGUAGUUAAGAGCCUGAUUCAGAAAUGUAUGCUAAUGCAGCAGUGGCUGUGACUUUUGUUGCAUCCGCUACUGCAAAUUUAUGACAAUGCCGAGGCUGAUGGGCUGUCUACUGGGAUGUGGUGAGCAAACAGUCACACCAUAGAACAGACAUCAGCCGUGCCAUCAUACAUUAAAUCAACCCUGUGGCUGCUUAGACUGUCCGAUGGUACAAGGCCGUCGAUGCCAGUGGAACUGCAUCUUUCAACACAGUUCCUGACGCCAGCAACGCACUGAAAACAACCACCUAGAAAGCCUACUGGAAUUGCAUUGAUCUCCAAGCAAUUAUAAUCUGCGCACUAGUGUUAACCAUCCAGACACAUGCGCUGUGUGUCUCAGACUAAAACAAUUGGACGCUUGUGCAAGAUAUUUUAAAUGCGUCCACCUCUGAAUCAGGAUGUAAAUGGGUAUAGAAUAAAAUAGUAAGUAGCACUGAUCUAUUCAAGACAGACUAUGCAACAGCUUAUAUACAGUAUGUAUCUUGUUUUCAUUAUAGUCCAUUUAAAUAAUGUUCUUAUUGAUUAAUCGCCUGAUAAGGAUCUGAUCGAUUUUGGGCAUUGUAGUCUUUUCCUGGCUAAGGGCCUGAUUCAGACUUGUGUGCAAACCCUAUGAUUUGCAUAUAAGUCCGAUGGUGGGUGGUCUGCGCAUGCUCAGGACUCCUUCUGUGCAUGUGCAGAAUGGGUCCUGUUGGCUUGCACAGAGUGUUCCCAGUCCGCAGCAUGAUUGGGGACAGAACUGUGGCAGCGCAGGGGCAGCAUUUUUCAAAAUGGGGGCAUGUCACACCCAUUAUGUAUGCAUGGCCAGGCCAGGGUCUGUGCCUUCCAAUGGUCGCGAUGGUGAUCUAAUGCUGCAUCUUCGCAGAUGGCAGGAGGCAUUGAGAUGUCUCCUGCUGCAUUAGCAUUUUUACACAUCGCUGCUGCGUCCAAAGACGCAAUCAGGCCUUAAGUACGUGUGAUCAGACCAGUUCAUGAUGUCGGCUGAGAUGUUGCAGUGGGUGAUCAGUCAUCGCUUUCCCCCCUUUCUGGUGCUGCCAAAUAAUACAGUAAUAAUAGUUUAAAAAAAAAGAUGGGAAGCAGAAUUUCUGAGAGGAAAACAAAUGCCUGGUGCAAGUAUUUUAUCUAUUAAACUCUAUGGGGAGGCAUUUAGAAGUGGUUUAGUGGAGUCUUGUGUCCUUUAUUAUUAUACAGUCAUUCAUCCGAAAAGCUGGCAACACAUUAAAGGCCUAAUCCACAUUUGCAUGCAAACCCGAUGGUUUAUGUACAAAUACUGUGUUUGGGAUACAUGUGCAGAACAGGUCUUGGAUAUCGCUCGCAGACCUGUGUCAGCUGUAGCAUGAUAAUAUGCUGCAGCAUUUGGAGGGGCGGAGUUUGGGGGACACCCAGCAGCGGUCUUCAAAACAUGGGUGCGUCGUCCCUGUUUUGAAGGCGUGACAGGUACAGGGUCAGCGUCGUCAGAGCAGAUUUACAGGAUCCAGAGGCUUACACAGAAUUGCACAGCAGCUUCCUUGCAGCUGUGCAAUUCCUUCCAAACAUGAAUUAGGCCCUAAGAGGUGGAGCCAAAGAUGUUAAGAACUUGUUUACUCUCAAGCAAUACUAUCCACCAACCAAAAGUUAAAUAUAAUCUUCAGAGGUCAUGCCUGGACAUUAGCCAUGGCUUGCUGCAGAGAAAGGCAACCUGUGGCUCUCCAGAGAUAGUAAAACUACAAAUCCCGGCAUGCCCUGUCAGCUGGAGAGCCACAGAUUCCUAAAUGUACAUUACAAGUAUGUUUUAAUAAAAUAUAGCUUAUAUUUAAAAGUUAUUGAUUGAUAAUGCUUUGCAAGUAAUCUGUACAUUUUUCAUGAUAAUUUAUACAUUUGGUGGCACUGUUAUUUAGCUUACUGUUGAUGAUUUUUACUUUGUCUUCGUCUGAGAAAAGCAACAUUGAAAGUUCACAUUAACAAAUAGGUGAAUAAGGACUCAUAACAUAAAAAAUAAACAUUCUCUGUA